AUGGAUUUGUUGGAAUUCAAAAAAUUUUUGAUUCUUAUCUGGAAGAAUUUUAUUUUAAAGAGGCGGCGAUUUAUUGCUUUAGUUGUGGAAAUGGCCCUAACAUUUAUAUUUGGUGCUACACUUUUGGCAGCACGCCGCAUUAUUGUUAUAAAGAAGAAUGGACCCUUUAAUUAUGCUGCUCAGCCCAUCAGGGAUGUGCCUGUUUUCAUCAGAAAUUUGACUUAUCCUUUGGAAUUGGCUUAUGUACCUUCCAAAAGUGUUGUGGUACGGGAUAUUGUAGAAAGUGUGAAAAUGGAUUUAAACCCGUAUUUGAAAGGUUAG